UGCGGCAGGUGGCAGCACAUUUACAUCGGCUGGUACACAAGUAACCCAGUCAGAAGUACAGUAAGUUCAGUAAGCAAUGAAAGGUUAUUCCGUAGUGACUGGGUGGAGCAGCAACAUGCAGAGUUUGGUGGUGCAUGCACUUGCCAUGAGGCAGCUAGGAAGGUUGAACUCCCGCCACCUGCUGGCUGCUGGCUAUGGACUGAGGCAGAAUGAAUGGUGUCCCAGGGCCAUCCACACACGCCAGCUGUGGGGCUGCUCGGCUUUCCCCGCUCUUGGCUGUCACAGGCCUGCUUCCCACGGCAGAGACGCGCUCAGGGGUUGGUCUGUCCACCAUCUGAGGUUUAAAAGCAACAAGAAGAAAGGUGCAGCUAGGGUAACAGAGGAAGAAGAGGAGGAAGAUGAGGACAAAAAAGACCCUGAGGACAGUGAUUAUGAAGAUGAGAUGGAUGAGGACCCAAAUCUACCAAAGGACUAUAAAGACAUGACGAAACACGUACUUUCCUUUCGCUAUGAUGCCAUCAUGAAAGCUGGCCUGGACAUGGCGCGCAAUAAAAUUGAGGAUGCCUUCUAUAACAACAAGCUCAGGAUAAAUGGACAGAAACUCAUGAAGAAAAGUAAAGCAGUGAAAGUUGGGGACACCUUGGACCUAGUACUGUCAGAGAACCGAGACACAAACACUGUUACUAUGAUGAGAGUCAUCCUCCGGAGGGUUUUUGGUGAAACAACUACCACAGAAAAGUACAAAAUUGUCGUAAGGCGCUGGAAAUGUAUAGAGCUUCCCAGGGAUGAGGCCUUUAAGCCAUGAACUUGAACAGGACGGCAUAGACUGCAAUGCAAUUGGCCAAUGAGGGCGAGGACACCAUCAAACUAGUGCCGUUUGAAAGGUCUCCAACAAGUUAAAUCUAGAAUGGAUUACAAAAGUAUAAUGUAAAGGUUAACAGUACUCAGUGGUUUGUCGACAUUAAGCGUUGGGAGAAAGAUUAUGAUUGUCUACCUUUCCCCAGUAUUCUGUGAGACCCAAUAAAGCUGCACUUUGACGUUUUGAAAUUUGAAAA